ACACGAAAUUUCCCAUUGCAAGUAGUUUUGAUUAAGAAAAAAUAUCUAAAUUACUUAUUUUUGAUGCUAAUAGUACCAAUUAAAUGGCUUGCUCCUGAAACUAUGCAAAAUCGUAUUUAUUCAAUUAAAAGUGAUGUGUGGUCCUAUGGAAUUAUGGUUUGGGAGAUAUAUUCAGAAGGUUGUGAGCCUUAUCCAUCAUUAUCAAAUGUGCAGACACGGGCAAAAAUAAUUGUUCAAGAUUAUCGUAUGGAUAUGCCUCAGGUAUUUUGCAUUCAUAAUGAUUUACAGCCUUGUGCAUCUAUUUUGGAUUAUUAUUAAGC